UUUGUAUUUGGAGACCUGAUCAAACUUCAAAUACAUGCACAGCGAGACAAAAAGGGUCCAACAACCAACAAAAAAAAAAAAAAAAAAAAAAAAGAAGAAAAGAAAAAAAAGGCUCAAGCUGUCAACCUCAACGUAAGCCCGGGGGAUCGAGUCUUACGCCAAUUGCGCGUCAUCGCCCUCAAUCCUUCUUUACUCAGGAGUUGCUAACUAAAUGUGUUGGUUUGUGGCAUAAAUAAUAUGGUAAUGGUACCAGCAGAAGCAGCAGUAACGCGGAAAUCAAAUUGAAAAUUCUCAGUCGUCCCCUCCGAAACACUCCCCUUCUUUCGUUUCUUCCUCCUGGUCUUCGGCUCGCUACUUCCCGGUUCCUACAAUUGAAGAAUCGUGGUAACUUUUACUCCUCAUCAUUGAAUCCAUCCUAAUUCAGUCCCACAAAGAAAUGAAUUAAGUGGAAGAAAAUGGGCACCGUACAAUAAGCAAUGGAGUACCACCACGAACAGCAAGUAGAAUGACACUCUAAUGCAUGUAUUAGAGCAUGCAUGUAUUUCAGGUUUUUGUUGAAUUAGUCAGCAAUUGGACUCCCCCAUAGAAUUUAUGCCCUUAUUAAAAGGCCUAAACCCAACAACACUUUCGCAAUUCUCACGGUUGACCAAAGACCGCUGUUUGAACGAAGAAAAAUCACUCGCUUUCCUCGGUCAAAUUUUCAAUUCUUCCAUUCUGCUUCUGUUAUACUACUCUACUCUUUUCCUCAAUUGCCUUCCUCUUCCAAAAAGCUCGUAUGUAUAUAUAUACAUAUAUAUGUAUAUAUAGAAUAAACCUCAGACUCCUCCAUUCCACACCUUCGAACUCACAAUCGUCACCUUAAAAGAUAGAGCGCACAAUCUGAUCAGCAUCCCAUAAAUUUUCUCUCUCUUUCUAUCACUGUUGGUUCCCACAAAACAAAAUAAAUUUGCAAAAAUAAUAACUUGAGCAUUCCUUUCCUGCCUGGUUGCUCCUUUCUGCUACUAAGUUCCGGACGCAGAUUGCAUGAUUUCAAAAGCAAAGAUCGAUUUUCCUCAACUCAGAGGCUUCCAGCUUUUCUUGCAUGUUCAUUUUGCCCGCAAUCGCGCAAGUUCUGGCAUUAAACACUGGUUGACGUGCCCGCUGCGCGGUGCUGGACUUGACAUACACUUAAAACCUUUCUUAGCGUGCACAGCUCGCUUCUGCUUAUUGGACAGCAUUCCAGAAAGAACUAUACUGGUGCUUCUCUCUUUGUAAUUUGAGGAUGGAGAAUUCAGCAGAUUGGGAGCUUGGGAAUCUGAUAAAUGAGCUAAUGCUAGGGAGGGAGUUGGCUAAGCAGCUUCAGGUUCGUAUCAAUGCCCCAUCUUCUUCACCCGAGAGUCGUGAAUUGUUGGUUCACAAGAUAAUCAACUCCUACGAGAAGGUGUUGAACAUGCUCAAAAGUAAUGCCGCUGUCAGAGUGGGAGAGAGGGAACAAAGUACAGGGACAACCAUCGCAAUGUCUGAAUCCCGCUCCCGCCAAAAUACAGGGUUGGCAAUUGGAAUGCCUGAUUCCCCAAGAUCCUUGAGCGCAAGUCCGCACAGUGAUGAUUCUGAUAGAGAAUUCAGGGAUCAGGACUCCAGAGACGUCACCAGGAAGAGGAAGACUAUGCCACGGUGGACAAAACACGUUCAAGUUUGUCCUGGGAUGGGACUUGAAGGGCCUCUAGAUGAUGGCUUCAGUUGGAGAAAGUAUGGGCAGAAAGAUAUUCUUGGAGCCAAACACCCAAGAGGUUACUACAGGUGCACUCACCGACACGUCCAAGGCUGUCUGGCUACAAAACAAGUUCAAAGAUCUGAUGAGGACCCAACAAUAUUCGAAGUUACAUACCGUGGAAGGCAUACAUGUAACCAGGGUUCUGAGCCAAAACCACCUUCAGCAGCAGCUGAAAAGCCUGAAACUAGCUCGCAAGGGAAACAUCGACAGGUGACCUCUCAACCGCAACAAAAUCAACAGGGAAUACUCUUGAGUUUCCAACGAGACCUAAAAGUUAACACCAAGGACCUAGACUCCCACAACCAACAUUUCCCUACAUUUGACUUCGCUCCAACAUCAACUACAAAGCCAGAAACUCAUCCUUUCUUGCCAUCUCUGACUGAUAACAACUUUGCAGGAGAUUUGUCUCCUCCAUUCAUGACUCCCCUAACAUCAGGGUCAGACUACUUCCCGGUUUCACCAACUCACAUAAGCAGUUAUGCAGAAAACCAAAACUCGUAUGCUUCGGAGUCAGAAUUUACAGGCUUGAUCUCAGCAGCAACUUCCACUACAAAUUCUCCCACUGUUGGCUCAGACUUCCCAUUCAGUCAGAUUGGCUUUGACACGAACUUUACAUUUGAUAAUUCAAGGUUCUUUUCCUAGUCGUCACAGUAAAUUUGAGAAGAAAACAAGAGUAGAAUCGUAUGAAAUUGUAAUUCCAGGUAGUGGACAAAGAAGGCUUUUAUAACAUCAUCAUGUGAAGACGUAGUCUGGUGGAAACCAGCUGAGUAACUGGCAUAGAAAGAAUAUUGUAAACUUAGAGUAUCUAGACAGAGGUUAGUGAAGAAACGGUAACAAUUUUGUUGGAUUCAUGACCCGAAGUCCUUUUGAUUUUCGUCUCAUGCAGUUGUCUGCACUCUGAUCAAACUCUGAAAUCAAUUAGAAUUCAGGUAAGAACUUUGUAUCUGA